GCAGCAGUAGCAGCUGGGCGGUGCCUCAGUAUAAAACCUCGGCUGUUCUUCCCUCACACCCCUGCACUCUUUCUGCUCUCCUCUGCCGGACCCGUCUCAGCUCUGCUCGCCUAAACCCAUCCUAGCAGUCAUGCCUUCAGAUCUGGAGAAUUGCAUGGAAACACUCAUCAAGGUGUUCCACCGUUACGCCAACAACGCUUCUCUGAACCGCAAACAGCUCCGAACGCUGAUGGAGUGCGAGCUGUCCAACUUCCUGAAGUCUCAGAAGGACCCAGCUGCCGUGGACAAGAUCAUGAAGGACCUGGACGCCAAUGGUGACGGCCUGGUGAACUUUGAGGAGUUUGUUGCUCUGGUUGUUGGACUGUCCAUUGCCUGUGAGCAGUGCUAUACGGCGCACAUGAAGAAAACUGGAAAAUGAUGAAAAAAUUUAAGAGAAGAGUCAGCUUUUGUAAAAAAUAAAGUGUUUUGUUGAUUAAAUCGUGAAUAAUUUUAAA